AUGAGAGAAAAAAGAAACCAGUGCUACCAGAAGUCCAUCAGCGUCUACAGAGUCAACAUGGUCUCGAGAGUCUGUUUGAGCAUGAUUGCGGCCACUCUUGCGACAGCAGUCACUUGUGCUCAGGCUGCGGAAACUACUCGACCACCAAUUAUAAUGUAUCAGGGAGCAGAUGAUCGUGUACGUGUCAGCAUCCACACCGGAGAGGAAGACGUCUCCUUCCCAAGUUUAAAUCAUCAAGAGUUCGAAUACACUAACCCAGACUCUGUGGACGGGCAGAAUCUGUUUGAGAAGGACAUAAUGUUGACUCCUGAGCAAUGGCAAGCAUUAAGGGAGAGGAAAGCCAUUCGUAAGCUGGUCUACCGCUGGCCAGAUGGUCCCGACGGCUAUCCAUUAGUUCCUUACUACACAGUUAGUGGAGUUAAUGUGACUGCAAUACUUGCUGGCCAGAAGCACUGGAUGGACAACACCUGCAUCAAGUUUACUCAAGUUACCAAUACCAAUCAGCCUUGCCUCAAAUAUUAUUAUGGUUCUGGAUGUUGGUCUUAUAUUGGACGUCUAACCACUAAUGGCCAAGAUGUCUCCAUAGGCAAAGGCUGUGACACGCUUGGCACGGUAGUUCACGAGACUGGCCACGCCAUUGGCUUCUUCCAUGAGCAAUCACGACCCGAUCGAGACGGCUAUGUUAAUAUAAUUUUCUCGAACAUCGACUCUAACAUGGCGUUCAACUUUCUCAAGUACAACACGACCGAUAUCAACGACUACGGUGUCCUCUACGACUACUCUUCCGUGAUGCACUAUGGCUCCCUGUAUUUUUCAACGAACGGGAAUUUGACCAUUAGUACUAUCUACCCUUUCGCCCAGACUAUCAUUGGCCAGCGCACUGGCCUCUCUCACCGUGACAAACUUCUGGCCAACCGUAUGUACAACUGCACUGGCAAGUGGCUAGCGAAAUGUGGUCUCACCGCUGACCCGUGUCAGAACGAAGGCUACACUGGAGUCAACUGUACAUGUGUGUGUCCUCCUGGUACCUCUGGAACAAGGUGUCAGACUGUUAUAAGCGGUUACUACAGUAAGAACUCCAUUACUGUAACACCGUUAUUUCCUUGA